AUGUCUACAAUUAGCGUUGAUAAACCACCAGAAGAAUUAAUACUAGAGGAUCCAGCAUCGAUUAAGAAUGCAAAAUUUGUGGAAGAUGCAGAUUUUAAAUUGUUAAUACACGGAUACUGUCAGUGGAAAAAUUCAGUCCAUUGGAUAACCAUAAGAGAAGAAUAUUUCAAGCAAAAGGCAUGGAAUCUAUUGGUCGUGGAUUAUUUUCCAAACGCGAGAUGGGGAUGCUAUUUCGAUACCCUGAAAAAUAGUGUCAAGCAAAUAGGUCGUUGUAUCGGUGAUUUACUCAGGCUUCUGUUCGAACAACAUCCAAAAAUCACCAUAGACCGAUUCCAUUUUGUUGGUUUCAGCAUAGGAAGUCAAAUCUGCGCACAAGUUUCUAAUAAUCUGAAACCCUCCGGAAUAAUAAUUCCCCGAAUCACCGGUUGCGAUCCUGCAUACCCUGGUUUCACCAAACUAGAGAAAAAGGAAAAAAGUAAAUUGAACAAGCACCAUGCGAAAUUUGUAGAUGCCAUUCAUUCAAAUAUGGGACAUUUAGGAGUUCGAUUUUCUGAUGCACAUUAUGACAUUUAUGCGAAUGGAGGAACAGUACAACCCGGGUGCAAAUUAUCAGAUCCUCGUUGCUCCCAUAAUAGAGUCUUGGAAAUUUUCGCUGAGACUAUAAACUCGAAAGUGAAAUUAAUUGCUCAGAAAUGUGACUCGGAAGACGCAUGGAUGAGUGAAAAAGAUUGUAAAGGUAAACAUGAAUUGAAAAUAGAAGUUGGCGAGCAUUGCACACCUCCUAAAAAUGAUACAGAAAUUGGUAUUUAUCAGUUUCUUACCAACGAAACCAAACCUUAUGUGAAAGCAUUGCCUGGAAUUUAA